UCUUUAAGCUCCCAGUCUCUUGGACAACCAGUAGCACAGCCAUCAAUGUCUCAGCCUGCAACUUUACAGCUCCAGUCUGGCAUGUCCCAGCCUGUGUUUCAGUUUUCAGCUCAGCUAGGAGCUAUGCAGCAUCUGAAGGACCAGCUAGAGCAAAGAACGCGCAUGAUAGAAGCCAAUAUCCAUCGGCAGCAGGAAGAGCUGCGUAAGAUUCAGGAGCAGCUUCAGAUUGUCCACGGUCAGGGACUCCAGAUGUUCUUGCAGCAGUCAGCUUCUGGACUUAACUUUGGUUCUCUUCAGCUUGCUUCUGGAAGUUCUUCAAAUGUUCAGCAGCUUACACCAAUAAACAUGCAAGGUCAAGUUGUUCAGACUAAUCAGACUCAGACUCAGAGUGGGAUGAACACUGGCCAUAUAAGUACUCCACACAUGAUACAGCAACAGCCUCUGCAGAGUACUGCAACACAGCAUAAUCAACAGAAUGUACUUGGUGGACACAGUCAACAGUCUUCUCUUGCCAGUCAGUCACAGAACACAGUCUCGGCACCUUUAUAUAACACUAUGGUGAUUUCUCAGCCAACAACAGGAAAUGUGGUCCAGGUUCCUUCUAGCUUACCACAGAACAACCACCAGAAUACUGCUGCAGUAACCACUUUUACACAAGAUAGACAAAUCAGAUUUUCUCAAGGUCAGCAACUGGUAACAAAACUUGUGACGGCCCCAGUGGCGUGUGGAGCAGUAAUGGUACCAAGCACGAUGUUCAUGGGACAGGUGGUGACAGCGUAUCCCACUUUUGCUGCCCAACAGCAGCAGCCACAGACUUUGUCAAUAACACAGCAGCAGCAGCAGCAGCAAAGUCAGCAAGACCAUCAGCAGCAGCUCACCACAGUUCAGCAACCAGCUCAGCCGCAGCUGACCCAGCACCCACAACAGUUCCUACAGACAUCCAGGUUACUUCAUGGAAAUCAGUCAGCUCAGCUUAUCCUCUCUGCUGCUUUCCCACUACAACAAAGCACUUUUACUCAGUCCCACCACCAGCAGCAUCAGUCUCAGCAGCAGCAGCAACUUUCACGGCACAGGACUGACAAGAUGACUGAUCCUUCUAAAGUUCAGCCACAAUAGUGUGGGGCUCUGCCUCUCUUUGAAGCAAACUACCAAGAGGGGGCUGCUCCACACACAGUUGCACUGAGGCUACAGAGGUAGCUGCUUGAAGGCUUUCUAACACCACAGUGUUGAGACCUACUUCUGACUUCUGGAAUCUGCUAAGAAAAGCCACAAGGUGAUGAUGGGGACAUGGCCAACUUUGAUAGUUGCCCCAUUUUCUGUGUUCUAAAGGAUUUGCUACGAUGUGUUAAUUUGUCCAGGUGAAAUCUCAAAUUGUGACUGAAAUGAGAGGGAUGUUGAAAAUAUUGGUAUUUUUAUCAAUCCCCUGUACAUUUUCAAAGUAUUAAAAUGGACAUGGAGCAAUUGUUUGAAUUAGCAGAAAAAAAAUGCCAGGAAUAUAGUCCAAAAACCAUCUAAUUUUUUUCAGAUGAUUAUGGGACAGUAAAUAUUUUGAAAAUGUUGUGUGAAAUCCAGUUCUCUGUUGUACAGAUGCUGUAAAAUAUUGUGUAUAUGUCUGCAUAAAAGGAGAAAGAGCAAAAUAUUUUAUAUGAUGCAUGAAAAUGUAAUCUGUUAUUUGUAGGUUUGAAUAUGUUUCCCUAAAUUCUCAUGCCAUACUCAGACUAAUGUUUUCCUCUGUUCUACCCUUUUGUUUACAACAUGAUGCAUCAUUAUUUUCACCCUUAAUGUGGGCACAAGUCUGUUGUUUGUGCUUUGUCUGUGACGUCAGGGUUUGUUUGGUGAGGUAUAGUGUUGGUUAGUUGACUUCUCAAGGUUAAAUUAUUGAUGAAGCUGUUUGAACUGGUGAUCAUGCAUCAGGGUUCAGGACAUUCAGAUUCAUAAAUAUCAUCCAUCAUUUCAUAAUUAAUUCAUUGUUUUAUUUGAAAAAUAGGAAUUUGCACUGCUUUCUUGCGGAUGGUUUGGAAUUUUAUUCCCCAAAGCUAUCUUUUGAUAUAGUUCAUAGUUGGAAAUAUUUAUGUAAAAGGUUUAAAA